CGCUGCGUCCUGCUGCCAGAGCGGCACUCUCGGAUCGGAAACCGAUGCAAGUCACACUGCGAAGCUUUCUUCUAAAUUGCAAUAAAAAUCCUCUUACAUUAAAAUGUGAAAAAGAAGAAAAUCAAACCGAGAGGACUUUUUCUAAAGCCACCGCAGGUGUAACAGCGGAUUUGUUGUUAUUUUUUGGGUCCCCGCCUUCCUCCGGGCGAUGCGAGCUGGACUGUCUGCGUAAAGGAGAACAUGGAGCAACAGACAUGAAGAGCGCAUUGUAACAGCGAGUGUCUCAACUCUAAAGGCACAUUCUGUUGAAGAUGGAAAUAAUGCACGCCAAUAUUUCUGCUUGAAGCGAGAGACGAGUAGAGAGGACUGCUUUGGGGAGACAAGAAGUCCAAACUAUCGCUUUGGACUCAGAUUGCUGCGGCUGUCAGGGGAUGAAAGACUCUCCAUAUCAUGGAUUUACUGAGGGGGCAAACCAGCAGCAAGCAACACUGGAGAUUUAUUCAGAUGAACACUGAACAUAACUGGAAAGGACAAAGCCAGAACUCUAUGCUCCUGUGAUUGGAUCUAAGCUUGUUCUCAUCCGAGACCAUUAAAAUGGAGUUGCUAUGGAAACUUUUAGUGCUGGUGUCUUUGGUGGAGGGUCUGACAGGCACCGGAGUCCUGCAAAGGCCAGUAUUCACUAAACAACCUGGCAGCGUGGUGUUUCCUGUUCAUGCUGGUGAGACUCAAAGAGAAGUGGUGUUUAGCUGUGAAGCCCAAGGACACCCACCACUCUUCUACAGGUGGAAGCGAAAUGACUCCUUCAUCCUGCCUGUCCAGGGUUCACGUUACUCUCUCAUGGGUGGAAACUUACACAUCAGCAAUCUGAAUAAAGAGGAAGAUGUUGGCAUCUAUCAGUGCCUGGCAUCAAACUCCUUUGGCACAAUCAUCAGCAGAGAGGCCAGUCUUCAUGUUGCUUACUUGGAAAAUUUCAAAACUCAGAGGCGAAGUCCAGUAAGGGUCCGUGAGGGUCAAGGAGUGGUGUUACUGUGUGGCCCACCUCCGCACUCUGGAGAACUCACUUUCAGUUGGAUCUUCAACGCGUACCCGUCUUUUGUCAUCCAGGACACACGGCGGUUUAUCUCCCAGAAGACAGGCAAUCUCUAUAUUGCCAAAGUGGAACCCUCUGAUGUGGGCAACUACACGUGUGUGGUCACAAACACUGUCACCAAAAGCAGUGUUCAAGGACCACCAACACCUUUAGUCCUCCGGCUUGAUGGUGUGAUGGGUGAAUACGAGCCUAAAAUUGAAGUGCAGCUCCCUGAAGUCGUCCCUGUCGCUAAGAGCUCAACUGUCAAACUGGAAUGUUUUGCACUUGGAAACCCAGUGCCAACCAUAAGCUGGAAAAGGGUGGAUCGGGCCCCUUUUGGCAGGAAGGUGGAUGUGAAUAAAGCCAGCGGAGUUUUAGAGAUCCCUUAUUUCCAACAAGAGGAUUCGGGGAUGUAUGAAUGCAUAGCAGAAAACAGCAGAGGAAGAAACUCAGUUAAAGGAAAGCUGUCUUUCUAUGCUCCACCUCAGUUGACUGAGAAGCCUCAGGAUGUUCAGAAGACCAUCGAUGACACUCUUGAGUGGGAAUGCAAAGCCAACGCUAAGCCCAAACCUUCGUACCGCUGGCUGAAAAACGGAGAUCCCCUCGAUCACAUGGAGGACAAAAUUCAGGUGAAUAAUGGCGUGCUGACGAUCAGCAGGUUGAAUCUGGCCGACGUUGGAAUGUACCAGUGUGUGGCUGAGAACAAACAUGGCCGCAUAUUCACCAACGCUGAGCUCAGAGUCAUUGCCAUUGCUCCUGACUUCUCCCAAAACCCGUUGAAGGCCCAAACCUUAGCCCGACAGGGUGGCGACGUUCUCAUCGAAUGCAAGCCCAGGAUGUCUCCUCGUGGUGUGAUCUCGUGGAGGAAGGGGAAGGAAGCCCUGCGCGAGAGCCACAGAAUGAUGGUGCUGGAUAACGGAAGCCUGCGGCUUUCUAAUGUGACCAAAAUGGAUGCUGGGAUCUAUACAUGUGUAGCCAGAAACCAGUUUGGAGUAGCAAGCAGCUCUGGAAAUCUUUUUGUUAAAGAGGCAACCACAAUCACGAGUCCAGCGGGACACCUAGAUGUAACCCUUGGCGAGAGCAUUGUGCUGCCUUGCCAGGUUUCACACGAUCCGACUCUUGACCUGAAGUUCACCUGGUUCUUCAACGAGCAGGUCAUCCACUUUGGAAGCCAGGGGGCCUUUUUUGAAAAAGUUGGUGGGCGUUCUGCAGGUGACAUUAUGAUAAGGAACAUCCAACUAAGCCAUGCUGGGAAAUACACCUGUGCAGUUCAGACCAAGGUGGACAGUGUGUCAAUUGCUACAGAUGUGGUUGUUAGAGGUCCUCCAGACCCACCAUUAGAUUGUCAGGUGAAUGAGAUGACUGAGACCACUGCGUCUCUGUCUUGGAGGCCUGGAUUGGACAACCACAGCCCCAUCCUCAGCUACACUAUCCAGGCCAGAACACCCUUCUCCCUCGGAUGGCAAACUGUUACCAAUGUCCGAGAAAUUUUAAAGGGGAAAGAGCUCUCAGCCACUGUGACUGAUUUAAGUCCCUGGGUUGACUAUGAGUUCAGAGUUUUGGCAACCAACAGUGUUGGAACAGGAGAGCCCAGCAAACCCUCAAAGAAGACCCGCACCAAAGAAAUGCUGCCUAGAGUGACUCCAGCGAGGGUAAGCGGUGGUGGUGGAGGACGAUCGGAGCUUGUCAUCACGUGGGAACCCGUUCCAGAGGAAAUGCAGAGCGGGCCAGGCUUUGGUUACGUGGUGGCUUUCCGCCCUCUCGGAGCACAAGGCUGGAUGCAGGCAGCCGUCACAUCCCCUGAUGCUUCAAGAUACGUUUUUAAGAAUGAAAGCAUCCCUCCCUUCUCCCCUUAUCAAGUCAAAGUUGGGGUUUACAACAAUAAGGGCGAAGGGCCUUUUAGUCCUGUUACUACCAUCUACUCAGCAGAAGAAGAACCCAGCAGAGCUCCAGUCAAGCUAAGGGCGAGGAGUGUUUCAGCAUCUGAAGUCGAGGUCACCUGGAAGCCGCUGGCGUGGAGCAACAGCCGAAGACGUAUCCUUGGCUAUGAGCUGCUGUACUGGAGAGAGAAGGAAAAGCCGGAUGCAGCCAGUGUGGUCAGAACAGAGGGGAAUAAAACAUCAGUACUCAUCAGGGAUCUGGAGGGCAGCAGUACCUAUUACAUGUCCCUGCGGGCCUAUAACAGCGCUGGAGUGGGUCCACAGAGCUACAUAGUCAAUGUCACGACCAAGAAACCACGUAAGGGGUCCACUUAAAAGAUGCUGUUGGCG